AUGGUGCCCGGUUUCAAGAAACUACUUGAUUGCAACAAUGAGGUUCUAGAAUUGAAGAAAGAAGAUAUCACUUGGGUUCCAACUAAUUGGGCUGAUCACAUGGAUCCUAACACCAUGACUACACUCCUUGGAGAUCAUAUCUACAACAUAGAAGAAGAAGAAUAUUGGGAGGCCUGCCAGCAUACAUUGAAGAGCCCGUAUGAACUAAGAGCUAAUGAUGAAGACGAGGAAGGGGGAGCAGCCCCUAGUGAUGAUGAAGAUGAAGGUGAUGACAAGAGUGAUAGUGGUAGUGACAGCAAUAGCAGUGAUGGUGGACAUGGUGAUGAUGACAGGAACACGAAUAGUGAUGACAACAGCAACAAAAGUUAUGAUGGCCCGUAUAGCGGAGAUGAUUGGGGUGAACCCCCUAGUGAAAGAGAAGAUGAAGAUGUAGACCUAUUCUAUGAGGAAUAUGACAGUGAUGUGGACUACUAUGAUCAAGAUAUUGAAGAUGAUACUGAAGCUAACAAGUGGAGUGAUACUGAUAGUGAUUAA